AUGUUCAGCUGGAUCAGUUGGAUCGACUUGAUAUUUAUUUAUUUCACAUUCACAAUCGUUGUGUUUGCCAUUGGCAUAAAUAUCAGCGAAAGCAACAUAUCGCCGGUGCUAUUGCAAACAUUCCGCUACGGUAAGCAUGCAUACAAAGGUGAACCGUCACGCGUGGUGCAAGCGUUCGAGGUGCCGAAAUCAUAUUUCAAACAUUUCUAUGUGUUUGCCAUUGUGUGGGCUAUUCUAAUAUUUGGACUAACAUUUAACUUGUAUGUGCUGGGCACCACUGUGCCUGCAUUUAUUAUCGAUGCGCUAGACUUUUUGUACGGCAAAGAUCGUAGCGUAACCAUGUCUGCAUUCACCGCACUCCAGGCAACAUUUUUACUCACAUUGCAAUGUGCUCGGCGCUUCUAUGAAACACAGUACAUUCAAGUCUUUUCAAAACAAGCCAAAAUCAACUUUACACACUAUUUGGUCGGUUAUUUGCAUUACUUUGGCGCAUUCCUUGCUAUCAUCAGCCGUGCACCGGGAUUCGUACACAAUGCAAACCCAGAAGACGUUACAUACAUUCAGUUCGAUAUGAUUCUACCAAGACACUUGUCCAUGAUGACGUUAUUCUUCUUGGGAUGGUUCCAACAGCUACGCGCCAAUUUGAUGCUCGCCAACCUACGUAAAAAUCGCUCAGGUGCCGUUGUAACUGAAAAGCAUUUGAUGCCACAGGGUGGUUUCUUUGAUUUUGUCUCAUCGCCGCAUAUGUUCUGGGAGAUCGUUAUGUACACAGCAUUGACCGUCAUCUUGUUGCCAAACAUCUCAUGGAUCUGGGUCUUCUUAUGGGUGGUUAGCAAUCAAAUUGAAAAUGCUUGGCUUACACACAAAUGGUACUUGGGAACGUUCAAAAAUUAUCCAAAAGAACGACGCGCUAUCAUUCCAGGAAUCUUAUAGAUUUUUUCUUACCGAAUGGAAUCAAACACAAUGCAACGAAUAAAAAACAACAAAUAGCUCAUAAGUUAUGUAAAAUGUACUCUGUUCAGUUUUUAUUAAUUUAUAUAAAAAAAAAUCUAUAUUCUUUUGUACGUUUCAUCUUUCCGUUUCGUCGACAUUCAUUUUGAAGUAGAGAAAAAUCGCAAAGAACAAAAAUAAAAAUCGGUUGUACAUAGAGAAACUAAAUACACCAAAAUGAAAAUCAAUUGAGGUAAAUUGAAAAAUCGAAAUCGAUUUUCAUUUUGCUGAAGGAGAUAAAGAGAGAACACCCAAAUAGAAAUAUAUCGAAUUUAUAUUCGCAAAUACACUCGUCACAUGUUCAAAUUACAUUUUCGAUUGAUUAAAUUAAAAUUGGCAAUAAAAUCUACAUCAUCCGAUUGCGAUGACUUGAAUAAGGGAAAA